AUGAAGUCCACAUCUCAAAGAAAUGAUAAUGUAAAAAUUUAUACCUUUAUUACUCCGAGAAAUUCAAGAAACUUAAGCUUAUUAAUAGAGAAAGACCCAAAUAAAGCAAGACUCCACAAAUACGCUUUAUCCAUUGCAGCAGACAAGAAGUUUACAAUCUUAGACUCGUCACGAAAACGAAAAGACGACAUUUCACUUCCGUAUAUACACAAUAGCCACAGAUCAAAUAUAUCACCCAGAUAUAACAAUGCUACCAAUAAAUCUUUAGCUAGCUCUCCUAAUCAUACACCAGAUAAACUUAACAUCUCUAAAGCAUCAAGAAAAACAUCAAUUUUAAGGCCUGAAGAUUUCCAACCAGUUAGCGAAGAUUUAAAGUUUCCGAUUGCAUCUUCUCAAGCUUUGAAGCGCUACAUGAACUCUUUGACUCCUUAUGAGCAUGGAGAAAUUUUAGAAUACCCCAAAGUCUAUUUCUUGGGUAUAAAUGCGUCAAAAAUAUUUUCAAAUAAAACAGAAAAAAACUACGGAUUUGAUGACGAAAAUUCCAAUUAUAUUUUAAUAACUGGAGAUCAUCUAAACUACAGAUAUGAGAUAUUAGAAAUCAUAGGUGCAGGAAAUUGCAGCCAAGUUUGUAAAUGUUUUGACCACAAGACUAAAGAAAUUGUGGCAAUAAAAGUAGUUAAAAGUAAGCCGAAAAUUUAUAAGCAAGGUGUAGCAGAAGCUAAGAUUCUUCACGCUAUAAAAGACGAAGACGAAAAUGAUGAGUGGAACAUUGUUAGGAUGCAUGAAUUUUUCUUAUUUAGAAAACACAUAUGUAUGGUCAUGGAAAUACUGGAUAUAAGCUUAUAUACUAUGAUAAAGUCCAGCAAAACUAUGGGAUUACCAUUGGGAAUUAUUAAAAGAAUAGCAAAACAGAUAAUAAGAGCAUUGAAAUUGCUGAGAAAAUGCGGAAUUAUCCACUGUGACUUAAAUCCAAAAAAUAUUUUGCUGAAAAUGUACUCAAAAUCAGAAAUAAAGCUCAUAGAUUUCGGAUCAUCAUGUUUUACUUCUGAUAAAAAAUAUAAUAUAAAGCAAGUGAAAUAUUAUCGUGCGCCAGAAGUCAUAUUAGGAUGUUUGCAUUCCUAUCCUAUAGAUAUGUGAUCUCUUGGAUGCAUUUUGGCUGAAUGCUUUGCUGGGGUCCCACUAUUUCCAGGUGAAAAUGAUCAUGAUCAGCUCUCCUGCAUAAUGGAGCUAUUAGGCGUGCCUCCUGAUUCUUUAGUUUCUCAAUCAUCAAUGAAAGAUUCAUAUUUCAAUCUAUUUGGCGAGCCUAUUCUCUACCAAAAAUCAUAUAAUAAGCCUAGAACUCCUGGGAGUGUUUUAUUGAUUGAUAAAAUAAAAACAACUGACUUACGAUUUUUAGAUUUUUUAGAAGGUAAGAAAUAAUUAGAAUGUCUUCGGUAUGAUCCAGACAGUCGACUCACCCCGAGUAAAGCUCUAAAGCACCCUUGAAUAUCUGAAGCUAUAAAAAUUUAA